AAUAUUAUCAACAGCAAUUUGAGUGUUUUUGCCCUCUGCAGCUCUUUUCAUUAAGUUAACCAGUUGCUGUAACAACGUGAAACAGUAGUAUAAAAAUACCGAGGAGCAAGUGUGAUACGUAAUAAUGACAUUUUACAAGCAAACAAACAAAAUAUGACGACCACAGCUAAAGUGAAAGACAGCUCAGGAUUGAAGAAACCUACUCAAGCUUUUCAGGUGUGGGAGACAUCAUUACAACAAAUACAAAACUCCAGAAACUCGCAUAAAUCUAAUGAAACAGCCAGUCAGUUUUCAGUUAGUGACAUGAAUACUACAAGAAGACUUCUGAUUGUUUCAAGUAAAUGCAAGCUUUCAAGCCAGCUUCCCAAAGCUGUGAGGUCUUGUAUCAGUCUUGUUCUUUAUCAGUAUGAAAAUAAUUCACUGGAGGACUUAAUAGGAAUGAUUACUACAGAACUGAAUGGAACAAAAGUAAGAAGUAUUGCAUUUAUAGCUGAUGGAACAGAGUCUGAGAUAUAUCUAACUGCUAACAGAAAUGAGGUAGUGUCAGUUGAAACUAUAUUUGAACAUAGCACUACAAGAGAUUUUUUCUGUGCCUUGGUGGAUAACUUAGAUAAAAGUGCUAACGGAGCAAGGUUAGAUUUCCUGGCAUGUCAAAUGGCCCAGAAGGAAGUUGGAAAACUUGUUGUUCAGGAAUUAAGAAGACUUACAAAGUGCCAUGUAGAGCUUUCAAAAGACAUGUUGGGAUCAGAUACUAGAGUAAUUGUAGUGGUACGAGGAGUGGAGGAAGUUGUUCCAGUUGGGGGCCUAUAUUUUAUUCCACAGAAACUGAAGGAUGUGAUGUAUGGACACAUUGAAUCACACAGUCAUUUGCAAAACAUGAUUAAUUAUGAAAAGAUAAGAAAAGUGGGAAGUGGGGCUUUUGGCACAGCUGUCUUGUACAGAAAUAUAAAUGAUGACUCACUGGUUAUUUGGAAAGAGAUCAACAUGCUUGAUCUGAAUUCAUGGGAAAGACAGCUUUCUUUGAAUGAAGUCAAGGUUUUGUCAAUGCUCAGUCACCCAAAUAUUAUUUGUUACUAUGAUAGCUUUGAGGAAGAUGGUGUUUUGAUGAUUAAGAUGGAGUAUGCUGAUGGUGG